AUGGGUUGUGGAAAUAUUAGGCUUCCUCCUCUUACACAAGAUUCAAUAUAUGACUUCUCAAUGAAAGACAUUGAAGGAAAUACGAUUUCCUUAUCGAAAUACCAAGGCAAUGUCUUAAUUAUAACCAAUGUAGCAUCAGGCUGUGGACUGACCAAAAGAACUUAUUUAGAAUUAAAUGAGCUCUACAAUAAAUACAAAGCCAGAGGACUAGCUAUUCUUGCUUUUCCUUGCAACCAGUUUUUCUGCGGAGAACCUGGAUCCAGUGCAGACAUCAAAGAUGCUGUGAAACACAGUUUAAGGGUCGAUUUUGAUUUAUUUGAAAAAAUCGACGUCAAUGGAGAAUGCGCAUGCGAAAUGUUUAGAUUUUUGAGGGAAAAAAGCUCGCUUAAAGGAUGCAAAAUCGGAUGGAAUUUUGGGAAGUUUAUAAUCAAUAAGCGAGGAAAAAUUGUGAACUACCAUGGACCUAGAAAAAUGCCUUCAAGCUUCGAGAGCGAAAUUAUUAAGUUGCUAGAUGAACAGAAUUAA